CUUGAUCUUCGACUACGAUCAUGAACAUACCGAAUAUCCCGCCGAAUCUACCAGCAGCACUCAAUCUGUUGGGCCACAACCCCUUCAUGACUCCAGAACAGGCUGAGGAUAUCCGGCAACUCCUCCAUAACGAAGAACACGUCCUCGCUAGUCUCAACGCUGAGAUCAAAGAAGCCACGGCUCUGCUAGAAAAAAUCACGCGAGACAGAGAUGCAUUGCAGGAAAUCAUAGUGGGGAAAUCCGGGCCACAUAUGGCUGCUCUGCGUGCAGGUAUUGAGGAGAAAGAGAAGGAGCUGAGGCGAGUUCAGAAGGAGAGCAAAGCGGUGAAGGCAAGCUGGGAUCGUAUGUGCCGCGAACGGGGAAUGGUUGCAGAGUCUGACCCCGAUCUUCUUAAGCAUCUCGAUUUCGAGCUCGAGCUAUGCAGACAGACGGUGCAGAGGCUACAGAACGAGGAAGACAGCGUCCAGGUCUCUUUGGACAGCCAACGAAGCGCUCUGUCGCCUAUUCGCCGCCUUCCACUCGAGAUUCUCUCCGAAAUCUUCAAGCUUUGUCUUCCAGGUUCUUAUAUCAUCCCAAAAUCGAGGAGCGCACCACUGCUCCUGACCCAGGUCUGCGGCAGCUGGCGACGACUUGCGCUUUCGAUACCCCAACUUUGGAGUUCUAUCUCUGUCGAGGUCACCGUCCAGCGGUGCCGACCACCCUUGCCUCUUAUCGAGCUCUGGUUACAGCGGUCGAUGACCCAGCCGCUGUCUUUUGCCAUCACAGAGCUUGAGCAGGAGGAUGCGAGAGAAAUCGCAGACCCUGUUACUGCUGCCUCCAUUCUCAAGACCUUCGUUCCUGCUCAUCAUCGCUGGGCAAGCGUCAAGCUGGAAUACCACGAUUGGCGCUGGCCGUCCGGUCUUGAGCAGUUGCCCCAAGAUGCAUUGCUUGAUUCUUUAGAGAAGCUGGAUCUGCAGCGCGAAUAUUGGUUCAAGGAUGAUUUCCCCGACUUGAAGCGGAUCCUCCAAGCUUCCCGUCUUCACGAUCUUACUUGGCAUAGUCGCAGUCCACCUUCCGACUACCUUCAAAUAGUCAACAUAUUACAGCUGACGCAUUUAGAUCUAGUCCGUCCUGUGUCAAAGGACGUGUUUCUUGACGUCCUGAGUGGAUGUCGCGCCAUCGAGUCCUGCACUUUCUUCGUUCAACUGGUCGGUAGAAUACCUGACGACUCUAACCACCCAUUGGACACGUCUCCUAUCGUUCUGCCACACCUUCACACCUUUGAACUCACCGUCGACAUGGCACUGACUACACUACUAUCUCGAUUAGUCUUUUCCUCAUUGACCACCCUCCAGAUCAACAGACUGGACGAGUUUUUCCUGAUUAAUCCCAUAAAUGCACCGCAUUUCUGGGAUCAAGAAGAAGUGAAUGCGUUUCUCGUGCGUUCACAGUGCUCGCUACGGACGCUCGAUGUCAGGGAUGUGGAGAUAUCUUCGGCAGAAUUGCUCGAUGUGCUCAAGUUCACCAGCCCUACAUUGCAGCAGCUCAACAUCACGAAUGAAAGGGCAAAGGACAAUUGCAUCACAGAUGAUGUUGUCCGGGCGCUGACUGCGUCCUCAUCAUCUAGUGACCCCGCUUUUCUGUGUCCUCAGCUUGAUUAUCUGAAGUUGUGGAGAUGCGUGUCUUCGACAGAUGGAUUGUUAGCGGAUAUGGUGCAGUCCCGCUGGUUGCCUCGAGAGGAGGACACGGCGAAGAGGAUGAGACUGGUCAUUAUUCUAUUACGAGACGAGGAGUGUCAUGCGACAGAUGUAGCACGUCUGAAAGAGUUUCACAGACGCAGGCCGGGCAUUACAUUGGUUCGACGAUGAUAGUGGUAACACUAGAUGAGCAUAGAAUCUGAGCCAGCCGAGCUAUGAUUAUAAUGUUCUCCUGUUAAAUACAUCAAUCGAAGAAAGUAUGAAAUA